CCGUAUUCCAGCACCUCGUCCAGCAUAAACAUAGUAUCUCUACUGUAGUAUUUACUUCUAGAUCCACUCAAUUCUUUCAGUUUGGUCCAUGAAACUGGCCGGGCCAACAAUAGUAAAAGAAGUUAGAAAUGAGCAACUACAACAUAGGCAAGGCUGAUUCUGCAGUUUCAAGAUGGACCGAGCCCAGUUGGCCAUGUAUCCACAUCUCUUUUUAUAAGUGCAUAACUCUUUGAACAGGCUAGGUUAACGGAAGUGGCGGCCACAACGGAGUACAGAGAACAUGACAGAAUUCGAGGUACCGGAGAUGAAGUAUGGAGUAUCAAAUUACCCUGGAAAGGGGGAGGAGAUUGAGGAUUGCAUGUCCGAACCUGGGGAAUCGGAAGUGGAGGAUGAAGAAUGGCAGAGCAAUUUGCGACCGGUCGAUUACUACGAACUAAGGUUUUCCGAUUCCAUCAUAAACGAUAGAAAGGAUGUGCUUGUGGAGAUGUUAAAGGUCAUUAGAGACGAACAACUUGAGGCAGACGAUCCUUUGCAUUCCAUAUUUUAUUGUGACUCUGCAAAUUGUUUGGAAGCGGUGCUGAAUGGAGAAACGGCUGGAUUAUUGGACAUCAAUGAUGUAAACGCUGCUCCAUUCACCUCCUACAAUCCACAAUUAGUUCCUAUAUUGCAUAAGGCAGCUCGUUAUGGAGCUCCUAGGAUCACAAACUUGUGUCUGCCUGGAAAUGAGGCUCAACUCAACCUCAGGAUUGAUGUUGAUGGUAUGAAAGGUGUCCUUCCCCUCAACUUAGCACUCCAAAACUUACGGUAUUAUGUCAUCUUUCCUAAUCCUUUUAGAUUCUUCUGGCUUUUAUUUCUUUUUCCUGGACAAAAUAGGAAUCAGAUGUAGAUUUAUCUGUGACUUGAUCUUCACAUUGAAUAGGCUAAUAAUGGAGGAUCGUGACUUUUGUCCGCCGCACAAUAAGAAGUCCAAGUCCAUGUUAACAGUCCUAGAGCCACAAUGGAUAACGGAACCUAGUCCGGAGGAACCGCAGCGGCUCGUAUUCAAGUUGAUUUAUAACCUUUGUGCUCGAUCAGGGAAAAUGUGUGCUGCUAAAGUUGUGAGAUUGCUGGCUUCAAAAACCAUUGAAGUCGAAGAAGAAUUUUUCAAGUACGUGAAAGAGCGAAAGCUACCCGAAUUGACUGCCUUAUUGAUGUUGGCACAUGAGAGACUUGAGCCUUGUUUGAAAGGAAACUCUAUAAUUCGAGAUUUUGUCUUGAAAGAGAUUGCAUCUCUAAGGAUAAUUAUUUUUACGUCCUCUUAUGAUGUUGAUGGUGAGAAGUUGAUGUACGAGGUCAAAAAGAGGAAGAUGGAGAUGGAAGCUGUAAUGUUGGUGCUUGAAAUAUUCAACAGAUUCGGUGAUAAAAUUGCAGCUUACUUGCAACGAUCAAAUUAUUAUAAAGGUUCCGACGAGCUUGAUAAGGUUAGAGAAGUUUCUGAGCUCUUGAAGGAGGCGGGGUUUGAUGCAGAGCUUGAACUCUUAGACGAGAUAAGGGAUAGGUGUAAAACUGAUAUAUUUGGGAUAAUGGCAGAUACUCCUACAAAUAAUAGAGACAUGGAAUCCAACAUUGGACUCACUAAUAUUGCUCUUGGAGAAGCUCAUGAGAAGCUCAAUUCUUAUCUCAGGGCAUAUCGCACGGGAAUUGUUAAUAACGAGACCAAUAAAUCCUGGUUGGUGAAUAAGCAAGAUAUACUUGCUAGAUUGAAGUCCAGUACCACUUUCCAUAUUACACAUCGAUCGUAUCAUAGAUGUCAUUUUGUGAGAGGUUGCCACAGUUUUGGUUCUACUACGGCGAAUAAAGUUGAUCUCUUCCACCAUACAGAUCAUUUUGUGGGUGUGAGUGGUGUUUUGGGUUCCACCAUGGCUGAUAAAGUCUAUGGUAUGGUGUCAAGGUUGCAAUUGAAGAAACAAUAUCAGGAUUCUGGCAAGUCUGCUCAAGUAACUAGUAUGUCUAGUUGGCAGUCAUAUUUGCAGUUCAGCUAUGUUUUAUCUGCGAAUUCAAGCCGCCAAAUUCUUCACAUUACGAGGAAGCUCGGCCGUGCACUUUGAAAAAACAGGACUUCUCUGAUCUGUUAUUUCCGUAUCGAAAUAUCAGCUAUCGUUUCUUCUGUAAUAGCCUGAUGAAUGAUGAUCCCAACUGCAGAGAUCCACUGCAUCGGUCCCUUUUAAAAGCUCCAGAAGCAUGCAGCCAUAGCUCCAAACAUCAGAUUUCCUUACUAUUUUGGAGCUUUGACAUUCUGGUGAUUUGUAAGCAAUGGUACGAUGUACCGCAUUUCAUGCCAAUCUGUAAUUAUUAGCGAGGCUUUUGCAAUCGUUGACUUUUAUAUCAUCAUAAUUAUUCUUGUCACAAAUUCACACUUUUCAAUUCCUAUUUUUUUGUUUUUAUUUAUUUUUUAAUUAUCAGCAAGGGGCUGAACUAGAAAGGUAAUCAGUAAUCUGUUUGGAUAUACAUACGCGUCGCUACUGAAAUUCAGAG